ACACGGCAGCGUUCUCCAUUAAGAGUCUCUUUCUGUUUGUUGAAGCAGCGCACAUUAUCGAAAUGGCUCUCCGAGUGACCCGAAACCGCUUGGCCUCUACCAGGACUGACCUCGGUGGAAAGGCCUGCUCGGUGACCGGGCCUUCACUGAAGCCUCGAGCGGCUCUUGGCGAAAUCGGAAACAUCGCAGUUAAAAAAGACGUACAGAAGAAUGUCAAGACAGAGGCCACCAAGAAGACCAAAGUCACCACCACUAAAGUGGAAAAGGCACUGGUUGAACAACCAAAAGUUGUUCCUGUAGCACCUGAGGUGCAGGUUCUGCCUGAACCAGCAUCCCCCACUCCAAUGGAGACUUCAGGAUGUGAGCCUGCUGGUCUCUGUCAAGCAUUUUCUGACGUCAUUCUUCACACCGCUAUCAGAGAUGUGGAUGCAGAUGAUUACGACAACCCCAUGCUCUGCAGUGAAUAUGUGAAGGACAUCUACAAAUAUCUCCGACAGCUUGAGGUUGAGCAGAACGUCAGACCCACUUAUCUGCAGGGUCAGGAGAUCACUGGUAACAUGCGGGCCAUUCUCGUUGACUGGCUUGUGCAGGUGAACCUAAAGUUCCGCCUUCUGCAAGAGACUAUGUACAUGACCGUGGGAAUCAUUGACCGCUUUCUUCAGGACCACCCAGUCCCCAAGAAGCAACUGCAGCUGGUCGGUGUGACUGCCAUGUUCCUUGCCUCCAAAUACGAGGAGAUGUACCCCCCUGAGAUCUCGGACUUUGCCUACGUGACAGACAGGGCCUACACCACCGCCCAGAUCAGAGACAUGGAGAUGACAAUCCUCAGAGUGCUUAAGUUCCAACUAGGCCGCCCUCUUCCCCUGCAGUUCCUCAGAAGGGCUUCAAAGAUCUACGAGGUCACUGCUGAACAACACACUCUGGCAAAAUACCUCCUAGAGCUCACCAUGGUUGAUUAUGAGAUGGUUCACUUCCCACCUUCCAUGUUGGCAAGUGCUUCUUUGGCUCUUACCCUCAAGAUCUUGGAUGCUGGUGACUGGGAUGUGACACUGCAGCACUACAUGGACUACACAGCAGAGAGUUUGAUUCCUGUGAUGGCACACAUUGCCAAGAAUGUUGUGAAGGUAAACGAGGGACUGACCAAACACAUGGCCAUUAAAGGAAAGUAUUCUACUUCAAAGCAGAUGAGGAUUGCCACCCUUGCACAGCUCAAGUCUUCAGUGGUGAAGGAUCUUGCAAAGACUGUCACCCAGUGACAUGACUGAAGUUUGGCACCAUGUGCUGGUUUUGUACAGUUGUAACUUAAACUUUUUAAAUGUGACUGAAGGAUCAGCACACAAGGACCAUGUCAGUGGUUUGCAUGUUUAACCAGCUGAAAUCGUGUUUACCUCUUUUACUGACCAUUUACAAAGCAUGCUACAAGUUUAGUCCUUCAAAUGCCACAAAAUGUAGCAGUUCUUAAAGAUUGACUUGAUCCAGUGACAAACUGUCACCUUAUCAGACUCUUACUAAUAAGAUUCAGACUACUAAUACAACCUAGUUCACUUUCACUGUCUGCUUACUACGUGCCUUGUUUGUGCACUAGUUCUGUUAGCUGACUGAAUUCUUGACUAUCACUUAGCACAAUUUGAAUAUUCAGCACACUAACAUGACAUCAAGAUUUAUGGAACUGUAAACAUUAAACCUGUAGCAUGCUUUAACAUGGUGGUCCGGUAGAUUGGAGUCACCAACCUUUUUUAAAUGGGAUUUUCUUAAUGUGUAAAAUGUACAGCAAUACUUUUUAAAUGAUUUUACAUUAUUGUCUUGUAAAGUGUCUAUUAAAUGGUUCAGACCAGAAA